AUGAAGGCCAUCAUUGCCCUCGCUGGACUCCUCAUCCUGUCCGCCACAGCCGUGUGCCAAGAUAUGAGUCCGGUCCUUAACCUUGCUCCCUGCCCUAGGGGAUGUGUCUUCGACACCCUUGGAAAGGCCCCUGAUUAUGGCUGCUCCUCCAGUGACGUUUCCUGUCUCUGCAAGAGCGAAGGGUAUCAGGGUGAAGUCAAGAAAUGUGUCCAGGAGAAAUGCACGGCUGAGGAAGUCGAAGCCUUGGACAAAGCUGGUCGUGAAGUCUGUGAUAGUGCUGGAGCUCCUAUUCCCCCCAGGACCACCACUGGGGCUGAUCUUACCCUUCCAGUUCCCACUGUCGUGCUACCAACUGUCAAUCCUCUCCCUGAACCCCCUCGGUCAAGUGUUCCAUCUGUCCCCUCUGUUUCAUCUGCUCCCCAAGAAGUCGUUUCCACUAUUGUUAUACCUGUUCCCUCUGUUACUCCUGAAGUCCCUUCGGUUAGUCUCCCCUCUACUCCUUCUGUGCCCUCUCUGUCUGUCCCCCCUGCCCCUGAGUUGCCCUCCGUACCUGUCCCUUCCCUACCUUCCAUUGCUCCACCCAGUGUCCCUACUGCCCCAGGUAUGGGGUCCAUGACAGUUCAGCCCGUGUCAUCCAGCGCAGGAACUACCUACAUGGAUCCGGCUAGGAGUACUUCAUCUGCUGUCUCCAGCUCCACCAUCGAGCCAUUCCUUGGCGCAGCAAAUAUGCUAUUGCCAGUGCAUGCAGGUGCCGUUGGCGUCGGGGUCCUUGCUCUCAUCAUCUAG